AUGACGGACCGCGUCGCCCAAAUCUCCCAACACCUCAACUACCCGCGCGGCCUGCUCGCCAACCAAGUCGCCAUCGUCACCGGCAGCGGCCAAGGCAUCGGCGCCGAAACAGCCAGGCUAUUCGCCAACGAAGGCGCCAAGGUUGUCGUCACCGACAUUGACGCCGCCAAGAGCGAUGCCGUAGCCGACGCCAUCAACAAGUCAGGCGGGCAGGCCAUCUCCGUCCCAGGAGACAUCAUGUCGCCGUCCUACAUCCAGAGCCUCGUGUCCCAGGCGGCCUCGUUCGGCAACGGCAAGAUCCACAUCAUCGUCAACAACGCCGGGUACACGUGGGACGGGGUCAUCCACAAGAUGACCGACAAGCAGUGGGACACCAUCAUCGCGCUGCACUGCACCGCGCCCUUCAACCUGGUGCGCGCGGCGGCGCCCUACUUCCGCGUCCGGGACGGCGAGCCGCGGUGCGUCGUCAACGUCUCCUCGACGAGCGGCGUGCACGGCAACGCCGGCCAGAUCAACUACGCCCUCGCAAAGGCCGGCGUCACGGGCUUCACCAAGACCAUCGCCAAGGAGUGGGGGCCGCGCUUCGGCGUGCGCGCCAACGCCGUCGCCUUUGGGCACAUUGCCACGCGGCUGACGGCGGCCAAGGAGGAGGGCGCCUUCGUCGCCGGCCCGGACGGGCAGAGGAUCGCGCUGGGCAUCCCGCAGAAGCAGAAGCAGAAGGGCGCCGGGGCCGAGGGGGCCGCCGCUGCGUAUGCCGAUAUUCCGCUCGGGAGGCCCGGCACGCCGGCGGAGGCGGCGGCGAGCAUUCUGGCCGUCGCGAGUCCCUUGUUUUCCUACGUUUCUGGCCAGACCAUCAUGGUGACGGGGGGGAGGAACAUGUAG